AUGACCUUAGGAGGUCCAUCAAGGCCCAAAAGGCCUCUCCCUUCUCCUGUAGAUCUCACCACCCCGACUCCUCCUAAACAAACAGGUCCAUUGGAUCAAUACUUUCUCUUCAAACCGGGACCGUCACCUUCCAAGCCUGCCGAUCACAAGGGAAAGGGGCGUGUUAUCGACCUGACAAGCGAUACGAGCUCAAACAGUUCAAAAUUAUCCAAGGCUGCAAGUACGCGUAGUGCAAGUGACGAAGAUCUUCCCUCCGUAUACGAUCAACUCGUCAAAAGUUGGUCUCAACAAGGUAUAGCUCAUAGUCUCAAGACUAAAGUUUCUCAGACUCAACCAUCUUCUCAAGCUCAAUCUUACCCUCAUGGUAGCAAGUUGAAGACUGAACCUAUAUCUCCGAUAACCAAACGACAUAAGAAUAGACCUGCAACCUCUCAAAACUUCGUCGCUUCAUCAUCUUUGACAUCAGACCUUCCAAGGAAAGCGAAGAUAUACCCUUUGAAAGGACACGGUACCUUCCACGAUCCUCUGGAAAUACUUUCUAGCGAAGGAUCAUCUUCAUCUGGAACUCCGAGAGAACCUCUUAUAACUCUUCCGAAUCCUCGGAAACCAUCCUCCGUCCCCGUUUCCUCAAUUUCAGUCCCGCCAGCGAGACCACCGACCAAGGAUUUACACGAAAAUUCAGCUCUAGUCUCCCAGGUUUCUCUUCCUCUCCUCUCUGAUAUCACCUCUGUCCCCAUUACUGCCAGCCCGUUAAAGUCACGUCCAGGUCGGGGCGCUUUUGGAAGUCACGUCAAACGCUCCAGCAUGUCACCAGGAGCCCUCAAGGGGAGAAGCAUAAAUCCCAACCUAAGUCAAACGUCUUGUAUCGAUACCUUCGCCCCUAAAGAUGAUGCCUAUCAUCCUCACUCCACAUCUGACCGAUCUCAACCUUCAAAAAGAAUAGAGUUGAGGAAACGUGAUAAUGCGAUCAACUACGAGAUUCCUGCUCUAGAUGCUGAGCACUGGCCAAUCGGUCCACGCUCUCACACCAUCAGUUCAAAGAAGGAAUCUGCUCCUCGAGUCCAACCUGUACAUCCCGUCCCUGCCCACUCAUCUCCACCAAAGACAAGUAGUCCUCUGACACCUGUGGAAUCACAAGAUUCUCUGUGGAGUUUGAACCCUUCUCCCGAACACCCACGACCUCAGGCGCCCCCCGAACCUCUCACAAUAUCGGAAUCCAUGUUCGCCGAGUGUCACGAACUACGUCGCGACACCUCGAUUACUCCACCAACAAUGACCCUCCUUUGGCCAUCAAAACCCCAUCACGCCUUAACCUCUUUACUCUACACGUAA